AUGGUGGCACAGACGGCUGGAUCUGAGAUGAAAUUUUCAACAAGCCUGGAGACAGAAUAUCCUAGCGGUUUGUGUCGCCAGUUAGCCAUUGCGUUUUUAGAGCAACUGCAGAAAACUGGCAAGAAUAUUUCACCCUCCACUGGUCAGAUCGAACAAGAACAGCGCAUGGGCGCAGGUUUGCAACCCAGAGGAGCCAGAGCUCCCUUGCUAGUCGGUGAUUUCAAGUUCAAAAUCGACAUCAAAACGACUGAUGUCGCAAUUCCAGCGUCCAUCGAGGACAACGUGCACAUUCCCUUCCAGGGCAUCCCCUUGCAUUCAAAAUUGAUUUCUUCUCGAAUGGUGACUGAAGAGGGGGAGAAUGGCGAGAAGAAGGCCCUAACGUUAGAACACCCUUUGGACAGCCCUCAUACAGUGGACAAGAGCAACCUGAAGGCUAUGGUGUUCAUUAGGGACCACACUAAGGCUGAGGUGUUGAAGUUCAGAGCCCAACAGCUGAGAAAGUAUACAGAAAGAGCGGCCCAGCUUUCCAGUGAGGAAAGCCAACUCAGAAACUCGCUGGAUCCCGAUGUCAGACGCGUGCUGGAGGGAAAGCGCUUGCUGUUAUUCAAAGAGAUGGCUGCCGAUGCCAAGGUUGGUGAUGAGCAUCUUUUUACUGAGUUAACUCAAGGUUUCAAGUUGACAGGUGUGAUGCCGGAGUCCAAGCAGUUCCCUGCGCCCCCGCUGAUCCUGUUUACAGACGGAGCUUGUGAGGAGGAUGGCCUAUGUGUGACUCAUGGGGCUGUGUGUUACGACCCCGAGUCCAACCAAGCCUUGAUGUUUGGUGACCAUGUACCAGCUUGUUGGACAGCGAAGUGGCGCACAGAAGGAAAGAAGCAAUUGAUCUGUCAGGCAGAACUGUUCCCAGUCCUUGUCGCAAAGAAAACCUGGAGUCAUUUGAUAUCAGGACGUGCUGUCCUCUGGUUCAUUGACAAUAAUUCCUCUCUUGCUGCAGUCAUUCGCUCUUAUUCACCUGUGCUCGAAAACUACGAACUCUUAGUCAUCAACGCAAAGUUGGACGUUGAUCUACAGGCAAUGCACUGGUACACCCGAGUGCCUUCGAAGUCGAAUUUGAGCGAUGACCCAUCUCGUUUGCAAUUCUCUGAACUUGAAGCAAAGGGCUUCAAACGCUGCUCACCACGCUACGAUCUCACGAAAUAA